GCGGCUGCUGAAGAAAACAGGGGUUUAAGCAGUCGCUUUAGGGCUUUGGCGGAGGAAGCAUCACUUGGAGGAGGUGCUCAUCACUCGUCAUAGUUGCAGAUUUUCUAUCUCCGUAUGAUGAUUAGAGGCGGGAAGAGCUACGUAUCAGCACCUCCAGCUUUCUCCAAUGACGCCAAGCGCCUUCUUGUCUGCACGGCCAACUCCGUUUCCAUUUUCAGCACCUCCACUUGCUUGCAGAUUGCAUCAUUGGAGGGUCACAAGGCCUUGGUGACCUCGGUCACCGUGGUGCCGGCGUCUAGUCCAGCAAAUAAGAUCUUAUGCUUCUGUUGGACCACAUCACUCGAUGGAACUAUUCGCUAUUGGGAUUUCUUGGUGCCAGAGCUCAUGAAGACAAUAUAUAUUCGCUUACCAGUUUACUCCAUGGUCAUCCCUUUAUUAGGCCAACCGAUGAAGAGUGAUGGAAAAUCUCUGGAUCUUUUUGCUUAUGUAUCAGUUGAAAACAUAAAAGUGAAGGAUAACAAACCGAUGCCUGUGAGAGGACAAAUCCUUAAGUGUAACUUAACCAAGUCUCGCUUGGCUGCUGGGUUCAUUUUGGCUGAGACCCAACAUCCUGAGUACAUAACUAUUAGCUCGUCAGGGAGGUUCUUUGGCAUCCGUAAUAAGCGCAAAAUUCAUGUUUGGAAAGUGCCAGAAGUAGAGUCCGAAAAUUUAGGGGCUAAAAGGAUUACUCUGCAUCACACAAAAGACUUGACAGUUCUUGCAUUUCACCCAACGCUAAGAAUGGUCGCUGCAGGUGAUGUAACUGGGCGAAUUUUAAUAUGGAGGGGAUUUGGUCAUCGGACAUUUCCUGUUUCUGGUGAAGAAGCUGGCAGAAAAUCUUUUGAUAGUGAUGAAGAUAAACCAGGAGUAAGAGGAAAUGACGAUGCUGAUUCUUGCUCCACACGACACUGGCAUCCUGCUGAAGUGAUCGUUCUCUCAUUCUCCUCUGAUGGGGCAUAUCUUUAUUCAGGUGGGAAGGAGGGUGUUCUUGUGGUUUGGCAACUUGACACAGAGAAGAAGAAAUACUUGCCACGAAUUGGGUCACCACUAUUGUAUUUUACCGAUUCUCCAGAUCCGCUGCUUGCCUCUGUAUCUUGUGCAGACAAUCAAAUUCAUUUCCUCAAAAUGCCCUCUAUGGAAAUCUUGAAGACCAUAUCUGGCAUCAAGCUUCCUUGGUCAUUUCCGGAUGUAUGUCAAGGCUCUAAUAAUGGAUUUGCCUUCGAUCAAAAUGCUGGUUUAGUAGCCCUGCGUUCAGAAAACUACAGCAUUCAAUUCUACAGCUUGUUUGAUGACUGUGGAAUUGGUGAGGUUCAAAUUUGUGAGAGGAACCAUCAACCUGGUGAAGAGCUUACUGUUGUAGUGACUACAGUGGCUAUCUCCCUAGAUGGGUCUUUAAUGAGUACUGCUGAAGUUAGAAGUCCUGAAGGUGGAAUUGGAGGUUUCAUUUGUCUCAAGUUUUGGGAUUCAGAGUUGGAAAACAAAAAGUUUAAUUUGUCAACCGUUGUAUAUGAGCCGCACAGGGAUGCUGCUAUUUCUGCUCUCACUUUCCACCCUACUCGACUUAUGGCUGUCAGUACAUCAUAUGGUGGAGACUUCAAGAUAUGGGUUUGCAACGAUGGACAUCAGAAAGUUCAGGGACAGCAAAAUUCCAAUUGGAUGUGCCAUGCUGUUGGAUCAUACAAAAAGAAGUCAAUGACUGCUGCUACGUUUUCUGCCGAUGGUUCGGUUUUGGCUGUUGCUGCAGAAACUGUUAUAACAUUAUGGGACCCUGAGCUGAAUGUCCUCGUUGCUGUGAUUGGAGAGACUUUUACGCCAAUUGUGAAUCUUUCCUUUGCUGGAGACUCUGAGUUCCUUUUAUCUGUGUCACAAGGUUCAAGACCACAACUGUCUGUCUGGAAUAUGUCAAAACUGUCAAUAUCCUGGUCAUACAAACUUCACGUAGAAGCUAUGGCCUGUGCUGUGGAUAUGUCUUCUUUUGCUGUACUUGCUCUUAUCCCUGAAUCUGUACAUUUGCAAUUUAACGAGUCAACAUUCCAAGGGAGAGAUGGAAUAAUAUUGCAUUUUAAUGCUAAUGAUCCUGUUCCUCAGAGUACCUGGUCUGUUAGGAAGGCUCAGGGAGGGGGUCUUGCCUUUGUUCGAGCCAAAAAAUAUUAUAAUAGUUCAGAUGGGAAAUCGGGCAGUCCAUUACUUGUCUAUAUCAAUGGUGACCAUGAGUAUACUCUAUUUGAUCCAUCCGACUCGGAGGCACAAGAGCUUAGUUUGACCAAGCAGGGGAAUUAUCACGCCCUUGAAGAAACAGGAGAAAAAUUUGGAUACGAAGCUAUCUAUGGCGAACUACCAGAAUUUGACUCAAAGAUGGACCAGACCUUGUCUGCCCCAUCUGUUCCAUCACACCGGCCUUGGGAGACCAUUUUCAGUGGCUCAUCACAUGAACUUCCACCUCUGACAAAGCUGUGUUCAGCAUUUUUAGAAUCAUUAUUGGAGAGGAGGACCAUUGCUGCCGAUUAAUUUCAAGCCGAAUAUAUCUCAUCGAUUGGGACAUGUCACAUUGUAUGCUUCUCGAGUUCCAUAAUUUGACUCAAUCAGGAUAAAACAACGAUAGAAUCGGUUGGCAUCGUAACAGAAGCUUUUCAUUUCCCAAUUACAACAUGAAUAGCCUGCCUUCACAGAUGUAACAACUCGAAGAAUGCAUCUUUUCAGGCUUACGUUGAAGAUUUCCUAAAGAAAAGGUUGGACUUGCUUCCGAAAGAGGGCAAGAAACAUCGAAAAAUUUUGUUAGGUAGUUCAGUUCUGAGUAUAGUUUGGAUUUGAAAGGAAUAGUAGGAAAAUUUUGUAAUUAUAAUGAGUUGUGUUGUGUAUUCUAUAUUGGAGUUUAUUUAUUUGGACUAUUGGGAAUCCUAUUUUACAGUUAUAUAUUAUGAAACAUAACUAUAGUGGUAAUGUUGACUAUUUAAU